AUGGAGCGGAUCCGCCUCUCCCGCGCUGCUUCCGCCGCGGCGGCCAUGGGCUCGGAGGCGGCGCGGCUGCUGGAGGCCGUGAACUUCGCGGCCGAGAAGCACAAGGGGCAGCGGCGGAAGGACCCCGAGGGCACCCCCUUCAUCAACCACCCGAUCGGUGUAGCCCGGAUCUUGUCCCACGAGGCUGGUGUGACCGACAUCGUCGUGCUGCAGGCCGCUCUCCUGCAUGACACGGUGGAGGACACGGACACCACCUUGUCCGAGAUCGAGGAGCGGUUCGGGGAGGAGGUCCGGCGCGUGGUGGAGGAGGUGACAGACGACAAGAAGCUGCCCAAGAUGGAGCGCAAGCGGCUGCAGGUGGAGCGUGCGCCCGGCAGCAGCCCCCGCGCCGGGCUGGUGAAGCUGGCGGACAAGCUGUACAACCUGCGAGACCUCAACCGCUGCACCCCCGCAGGGUGGUCCCCGCAGCGCGUGCAGGAGUACUUCGCGUGGGCGGCGCGCGUGGUGCGCGGGCUGCGCGGGCGGAGCGCGCCCAUGGAGGCUGCGCUGCAGCAGCUCUUCCAGCAGCGCGGGCUGGCGCUGGAGCCGCCGGCAGCCGCGGCCGACAAUAAACGUGCGCAGGUCUGAGCUGAGUCGGGCGCCGCCUCCUCGCGUUUCGCAGCG